AUGUCAAUAGGGGCUGCGGGGGGUGGACUCACGGAAUGGAGCGAAUCGCAACAUAAUGCCCGCAUUGCGUCGACAGCAAGUUCGUUGUCGGCUCUGAAGAAUUUGAAGCGAGAGAUUCCUCAACCAGCAUCGCAAUCCGACCCGAAGCGUAAACCUCUUUCUGAUCGCGCCCUCGAAUAUCCUUCAAAGCCGACAUCGCAUGUUCCCGCCGCGGCCGGUGUUAGGUCAAAUAUGAGGCCCCAGAGUUUGGCCGGAAUGUCCUCCGGGCUCAAGCAACCCUCGGCCACCCAGUCACGAUACGGCGCAUCUUCCAAUGUCUUCAGCAGAAACCAGGCAGCUCGAAACGGUGCUCCGACAGCCACAUCACGAAUCAAUGGAGUUAACGGAGUCAACGGCGUGAACGGACGUCCUGGCCAUGCUCGAUCGAAGAGUCAAGCGCCUCGGCCGCGAACGGCCCAUGCUCUCCGCGAAGAAGACCGAUACGAAGCUCCAACCAACAAUGGUACGACGACACUUUCGCAAGAUACAUCUCAACCUAUCACCACACUUCCCUACAAAAAGAUCAGAACCUCACAGUCAUUUGCAACAUUGCCAACAAUCAGAGAUAGUUCUCUGACUUCAAAAUUCCUUGAAAUGAGUCUUGAAGACGAAAUCCCUGCUGGAACCUGGGACGUCGAUGGCCGAGUAGUUGAUAUGGAGUCUCAAUUCAAAGAGCUCAAGGAGAUGGUAAAUACCACCCUGAGCGAGCGAAAGGGACAAGACGAUGCUCUUGAACUUGCCAAGAAGCGAGUGCAAGAGUUGGAGGGUGACAGAGAGAAACUCGACCUGAGGAACGACGCACUCAAGUCCGAUCUUGACGCAGCAAGAGAAGAGGGACGUCAAAUCCGACAUGAGAUGGAAAAACAGAAGUGGGAAUACCAACGACAAGUGGAUGACCUGGAACGAAAGCACCGAGAAAAGAUCGACGAUAUGUCGAGACAGCACAGAACAGCAGUCGACGAGCUUCGAAGGGAACUGGACCGACUGAAAGAGCAAGAGACGAAAGACCAUGAGCAAAAGAUCGAAAGUCUGACAAGAAUGUACCAUCAAGAGCUGGCCGAAGAGCGACAGAAGAAGGACCGCGAAAUCCAGGAACUACGACUUCGAAUGGGCAAUGAGCAUCAAGACAUGGGAGUAGCUAUCCAGAGGAAGGACCGGGAACUUCAAGAAGUCAACUCUCAAGUGGAAGGCCUUCGAGGAGACUUGGAGCGGGAGCGUACAUUGAAGAACAGCCUGCAGACCAAUAUCGCCGAACUAUCAGCAGCCAACACAACUCUCGAGGCCAAGAUCAACUCACUAAAAUCGCACGUCGAAUUUCUGGAAUCUGACAGCAAGGCACAAUCCGACUCCUUUUCCAGCAUGGAAGCGCGUCUCCAAGAAGCUCUGCGCAUUGCAGAAGAGGCCCAACACAAACUCAUCAAGGAGGAGACGGAACGCCGAGUACUUUUCAACAAGUACCAGGAGCUCAAGGGCAACAUCCGAGUUAUGUGUCGUGUGCGACCUGCACUUGGAAAUGGUGAGGGCGAGGAGGCCAAGAUGUUGUUCCCCGAUGACAAGACAUCUGCUGAAAUUGUUCUGGCCGGCCCUGAGGAGAAGAGUAGUUUGGGACAGAUCACACGAAAGAACUACCCCUUCGAGUUUGAUCGGGUUUUCGUUCCUGGCACUCAGAACCAGGAGAUCUUUGGUGAGAUUUCUCAGCUUGUCCAGAGUGCCCUUGACGGAUACAAUGUUUGUAUCUUCUGUUAUGGUCAAACUGGAUCAGGAAAGACACACACUAUGUCCUCAAACGACGGUAUGAUACCUCGUGCCACCCACAUGAUCUACGACACCAUUACCAAGCUCAAGGAGAAGUCUUGGGAGUACACAAUGGAGGGUUCAUUUGUUGAAGUGUACAACGAGGAGCUCAACGACCUGUUGACGCCAAAUGAGCGAUCGGCGAAGAGGCUCGAGAUUCGGCAUGACGAAGCUCGCAAGCAGACAACCAUCACAAACUGCACAUCAGUCCGUCUCGACAGCCCAUCAAGUGUGGAGACGAUGCUUGAAGAGGCGCAGAACAAUCGAUCAGUGGCUGCCACCAAGGCCAACGAGCGAUCAUCUCGUUCUCACAGUAUCUUCAUCCUGAAGCUCAUCGGAGAGAACCCAGCUACAGGGGAGCGCUGCGAAGGUACGCUCAACCUGGUCGAUUUGGCUGGUUCCGAGCGUCUCAAGCAUUCACAGGCCGAGGGCGACCGUAUGAAGGAGACACAAAACAUCAACAAGAGUCUCAGCUGUCUUGGCGAUGUCAUUGAGGCCCUUGGUCGAGGUUCAGGGCACAUUCCAUACCGCAACUCCAAGUUGACACACUUGCUGCAGUACAGUUUGGGCGGCAACAGCAAGACCCUGAUGUUUGUCAUGGUGUCGCCUCUUGAGCAGCACUUGAAGGAAACAUUGACGAGUCUUCGAUUUGCAACAAAGGUGCACAACACUCAUAUUGGUACAGCCAAGGCCACCAAGAAGGUUCGCGAUUCUACAUAG